GCAUAACAUCAGCCGCCACCUCCACCACAAAUCUCUUCCUUACUAUAUUUCCUCAUUCUUCCAUUCGGUUCUCUUCCAUUGAGAUUGGAACAAGAACUACUGAUUCUUAUUCCUCUCUCUCUCUCUAUGACUUCCACUUUCGUUGUCUUAUUCUUCUAUCUCCUCUCAACUCCUUCAUUUGCUUCUUUGUUUUCUGGAAUUGAAACUGGAGAUUUAGAAAAAAGGGGUGAUUUGUUUCCGCAGAUUCUAAGAGAUGAGGCUCUGGCAAGACUUCUUGAGCUUGGAAUGGUUAGUGAUGCUAAUGACUAUCUAGAGAGGACAUUUUUAAGUCCUGCAUCGAUGAGGGCAAUUCAUCUUACUCAAAAAUGGAUGGAGGAUGCUGGUUUGAGAACCUGGGUGGACCAAAUGGGAAAUGUACAUGGUAGAGUUGAUGGCGUAAAUGCAAAUACCGAAGCUUUAUUGGUUGGAUCUCACUUGGACACUGUUGUUGAUGCUGGUAAAUUUGAUGGAUCACUAGGAAUAGUGUCUGCAAUAUCGGCUUUAAAGGUUAUGCAUGUCCAUGGAAAGCUGCAAAAGCUAAGGCGCCCUGUUGAGGUGAUUGCAUUUUGUGAGGAAGAGGGUGUGAGAUUUCAAACUACUUUCUUAGGCAGUGGUGCUAUAGCUGGUAUUUUACCUGCUACAACAUUGGAGAUAUCAGAUAAAAGGAAUGUAACGAUAAAAGAGGUUCUUAAAGAGAACUCAAUAGAAGCUACGGAGGAAAGUUUCUUGCAGCUCAAAUAUGAUGCAAAAUCUGUUUGGGGUUAUGUUGAGCUUCACAUUGAGCAGGGUCCUGUGCUAGAACAAGUUGGUUUCCCACUUGGUGUGGUUAAAGGCAUAGCUGGACAGACACGGUUGAAGGUUACGGUUAGAGGCUCGCAAGGUCAUGCCGGAACCGUUCCAAUGUCAAUGCGCCAAGAUCCCAUGGUGGCUGCUGCUGAACAAAUUGUACUUAUUGAAAGCCUCUGCAAACAUCCUGAAGAAUACCUUUCUUAUGAUGGUCAUUGCAGCGAUUCGUCAAUAAAAUCACUCUCAAGUUCACUUGUUUGCACGGUUGGUGAAAUAUCAACAUGGCCAAGUGCUAGUAAUGUCAUUCCCGGACAGGUUACAUAUACCGUGGAUAUACGAGCAAUUGAUGAUCUUGGACGUGAGGCUGUUAUCUAUGAUUUAUCAAAUCGAAUUUAUCAGAUAUGUGACAAACGCUCAGUUUCCUGCCUUAUUGAACACAAGCAUGAUGCAGGUGCUGUGAUUUGUGAUCCUGAACUAAGUUCACAGCUGAAGUCUGCAGCUUAUUCUGCACUCAAGAAAAUGGAAGGUGACAUUCAGGAUGAAGUGCCAACAUUAAUGAGUGGAGCAGGACAUGAUGCCAUGGCAAUGUCUCGCUUAACAAAGGUGGGAAUGUUGUUCGUGCGAUGUCGCGGAGGCAUAAGUCACUCUCCACAAGAGGACGUGCUAGACGACGAUGUUUGGGCGGCCGGUUUAGCAUUCUUAUCAUUUCUGGAAAAUCUAUAGUACAUGUGGAAACUAAAUAUGUAGAUAAGCAUUUGUAGCAUGUAAUUAUAGGUUAAUUUAUUGAGUUUAUUGAUAAUUCAAAAAAAAAAAAAAAGAACUCUUUUAGUUUUAUGUGUCUCCUUAUAGUUGUUUUCUUGAAUUACCCUCCUAUCAAGAGGAGGUCACCAAAUUUGUAACAAAUGAAGUUACAAAUUUUUGGUGACAAUAAAGUCUUCCCUGAUGAUACAUUGAGUGGUGGAAGUUUCAAAUGUAGUUGCUAAAUUGAAGAAGGAAUAAGAAGGCAAAUUAUUCAUACUUGCA